UAACCCGCGAAUUUUAAUUUCCAAAAUAAAUGACUGAUUAUUAUAAAUGGCUUCCAAAGAUUGUGACGAUAUAUUUGGACGCAGAUAUCUUACAGAUGCUUCUGAUGUUUAUGAGUGGAAUGCUUGGGAUGACGUUCAGUGGACAGAAGAGCAGGAAAAUUUAGCAAAAGAAAUAAUAUUUUCGAAUAGUACUGUUAGACUCCCAGAUGAUUCUCAAGAAAGAAUUGAGAUCCUUGCACAUGAAUACUGGGACAAGUUUUAUUCCCAUCAUGAAGAUAGAUUUUUCAAGGACAGAAAUUGGUUAGAAAAAGAGUUCUGCGAAUUAUUUUCUUCAACAUCACCUAGUGUGCACAUAAUGGAGGUCGGUUGUGGUGUGGGAAAUACAAUAUUUCCAAUAUUACGCGCUGUAAAGAGUCCUGGACUGUUGAUAUAUGCAUCAGAUUUCUCUGAAAAGGCUCUAUCUAUACUUAAAGAAUCCAAAGGAUAUGACGCUGAUCGUUGUAUUACUUUCCAGCAUGAUAUAACCAAAACUAAUGACGAGAUCCCUUGUCCUAAAAAUAGUUUGGAUUUUCUAGUCUUAGUGUUCGUAUUAUCAGCAGUUAAUCCUGAAUUGUUUCACCGUACACUUAAAAAUCUUGUUACGUAUUUAAAACCCGGAGGUGUGCUAUUGUUUCGAGAUUAUGGGAGGUUUGAUUUAGCUCAGCUAAGAUUUAAAAAUGGCCAGUGUUUAAAAGACAAUUUUUAUAUGAGAUCAGAUGGGACAAGAGUUUACUUUUUCACUCAAGGUUAGUUUGGUAAAUCCCAACAAAUCAUGUUUUGAUUUUCAUGCCAGAUGAAUUACACAAAUUAUUUACGGACGUUGGUCUAGAAAAGAUUCAGAACAAGGUUGAUCGCAGAUUAAUCGUAAAUCGCAAAAAGAAGUUAAAAAUGUACAGAAUUUGGAUUCAAUGUAAAUAUAACAAGCUAUAAUGUGUCCUCUGUAAUAUUUUUCUAUUUUGUUAUUUCCUAUUUUGGGUGUUAAUAGUUCUGAUAAAACUCUUGAUGUGAUAGGCAUUCCGUAUAUCACUCUGUCUGCAUUUUAUUCACUUAUUUUAACAAUCUAAAACUCGUCCGUUCACUAAAUCACCAAGUCUACAUCCAUAACAGCGAAUACUGG